UCUAGGUGUGUGGGGUUGGGCUGGUGGCUGUGCUCCUGCUGCUGCUGAGGCUGCUGCUGCCGCCGCCGCCGCCUCUCCCAGAGCGGACGAUGCUCCAGGUCCGAGCUGCUGGCCAGCGCUGCCCCGGCCCGGCUUCCCUGCGCCGCUGAGCCCUGUCGGGGACCCGAGCCCUCGGGCCGCUGCAGCCGCUGCUCCCCGGAAAGGGCAGAGGGCGAGCCCGGACUGGCCGAGCCAUGACGGAGGCGAGCAGCAGGAAGGAAGGGUUCAAGAAGUGCCGGAGCGCUACUUUUAGCAUCGAUGGUUACAGCUUCACCAUUGUUGCAAAUGAGGCAGGAGAUAAGGCUGCCAGACCCCUCGCUCGCUUCUCUCGGUCCAAAUCACAGAACUUCUUGUGGAAUUCUCUUAUUGAUGGACUCACCGGGAACGUCAAGGAAAAGCCAAAGCCAACGAUCGUUCAUGAUCCUCGGGCACCAGAAGAAAUCUUAGCUGAUGAACUGCCCCAACUGGACAGCCCUGAGGCCUUAGUGAAGACAUCUUUCAGGUUGCGGUCUUUGGUAAAACAACUAGAAAGAGGAGAGGCUUCUGUAGUCGACCUCAAGAAAAAUUUGGAACAUGCAGCGUCGGUCCUUGAAUCUGUCUACAUCGAUGAAACAAGGCGACUCCUGGAUACAGAAGAUGAGCUCAGUGACAUCCAGUCAGAUGCCGUGCCCUCCGAGGUCCGGGACUGGCUGGCCUCCACCUUUACCAGGCAGAUGGGGAUGAUGCUGAGACGGAGCGAGGAGAAGCCCCGAUUCAAAAGCAUUGUUCACGCUGUUCAGGCUGGAAUCUUUGUGGAGAGAAUGUACAGACGGACAUCAAACAUGGUUGGAUUAAGCUACCCACCCGCUGUGAUUGAAGCAUUAAAGGAUGUGGACAAGUGGUCCUUUGAUGUCUUCACACUGAAUGAUGCCAGUGGAGAUCAUGCCUUGAAAUUCAUUUUCUAUGAAUUACUCACCCGCUAUGAUCUGAUCAGCCGCUUCAAGAUUCCCAUUUCUGCUCUUGUCUCAUUUGUGGAAGCACUGGAGGUGGGUUACAGCAAACACAAGAACCCCUACCACAACCUGAUGCACGCGGCGGAUGUCACUCAGACCGUCCACUACCUCCUCUACAAGACAGGGGUCGCGAACUGGCUGACGGAGCUGGAGAUCUUUGCUAUCAUCUUCUCGGCAGCCAUCCAUGAUUAUGAGCACACCGGAACCACCAACAACUUCCACAUUCAGACUCGCUCAGAUCCGGCCAUUCUGUACAAUGACCGGUCUGUCCUCGAGAAUCACCACAUCAGCGCAGCCUAUCGACUGCUCCAAGAAGAUGAGGAAAUGAAUAUUUUGUCCAACCUGUCGAAGGAUGACUGGAGGGAAUUCCGGACCUUGGUGAUUGAGAUGGUGAUGGCCACAGAUAUGUCCUGUCAUUUCCAACAGAUCAAGGCCAUGAAGACAGCAUUGCAACAACCAGAAGCAAUUGACAAGCCGAAAGCCUUAUCUUUGAUGCUGCACACAGCUGACAUCAGCCACCCAGCAAAAGCCUGGGACCUCCAUCAUCGCUGGACCAUGUCGCUGCUGGAAGAAUUCUUUAGACAGGGUGACAGGGAAGCUGAGCUCGGCCUUCCUUUCUCACCUCUGUGUGACCGCAAGUCGACCAUGGUGGCUCAGUCUCAAGUAGGUUUCAUUGACUUUAUUGUGGAGCCCACCUUCACUGUGUUGACCGACAUGACUGAAAAGAUUGUAUCUCCACUUAUUGAUGAACCCUCCCAACCUGGUGGGACUGGGCACAGGCGUUCAAGCUUGAAUAGCAUCAGCCCGUCAGAUGCGAAGCGAUCCAGCGUCCGGAGCACUGGGUCCGAAGGAAGUGCCUCGAUCAACAAUUCCGUCCUCACUGUGGACUAUAAGGGUUUUAAAGCCACUUGGACCGAGGUGGUGCACAUCAACCGGGAGAGAUGGAGGGCCAAAAUUCCAAAAGAAGAGAAAGCCAAGAGGGAAGCAGAGGAGAAAGCCAAGCAGGAGGCCGAGGAGAACAAAAAGCAGAUGGAAGCCAAAAGUCAGGCUGAAGAAGGUGCAUCAGGCAAGCCUGAGAAGAAAAAGUCUGGAGAAGGGAAGAGCCAAGCGCAUGGAGGGCGAGCCGACAAAAGUGAAACCCUUCCUGGGAAACCUCCUUCCAAAGCAGACAAAUCUGGAGACAAUAAACAGGCUCACGCGGGUGAUGAGAAGAACAAGACAGACAAGAAGGAUCAGUCCAACGUUGGCAACGAUUCCAAGAAAACAGAUGAUCCAGAAGAAUAACAGCACACACACACACAAACACAAAGAGCCUGCAAAUUUCUUUCAUCAUUUUAGCUGAGCUUCUUCCUCCUUCUCCCUUUUCUUCUGCAAAGACCAGUUUCUGUGGGGAGGCUUACAAGUUUCCAAAAACAACUCCCCCAACUUGGCUGCCUCUCCCACCUCCCCCCCACCUCUACCUUCUUUCAUGGGCUACUGCACAGGAGAUGACUCUUUGGGGCUUGGUUUGAAGUUUUACAUUGGGGAAAGGGGGCUUUCUACUGAAAAACCAACUUGAGAUUUACACAAACAUACAAAUCUGUAUGAGAGGCCUGCCUCAGACCCACUGUUAACGUCCUGGCUCCUAAGGCACUUGUCAGACAGGAUGGAGAUGGAGAAUGGAGACUUGGGGAGAAAGGCUUGGAAACCUACCCCAGCACCGCCAUCACCAGUGUUCCCAUUUGGAAAUAUGGUUUUUCCCUUUUUUUCCUUUUUUUUGGCUGCUGAUGUUGGAGACAGAUGUUGGUUUUGACUGAAGUUCAAAGGCUUUUCUUUACUUCUUCUAAUCUCCUCACUGGCUGGGUUUUUGCUGGAUCUGGAGAUAUCCUCUGUCCUCUUCUCACUUUAGGACGUACUAAACUACAGCUAUGGGCUUCUUCUCCAUUUUCUCUGAUGUGAUGGAUUUGUAAAUGGAUAUUUAUCCUACAGGAACAUUUUAUUCAAACCUCAUCUGACUUUUCUUUGUGCAUUUAUUAAAGUAAACCUAAAGAAAGGUGCCUAUUUUCCCUGCCAUAGGAUAAGAUACUGUGAGGAGUAUCCCUAUAGAUGUGGGCUGAUGAGGGGGGACCAGAACGUUUCCUCUAUGAAGUCUUCCAUCACUAGGGCUUUGUGUCUAAUGAGUUUCCACUGUGGGCUACCCAUGGCUGCCCUCUUGUCUCCUUCUCUGGUAAAUGCCAAGAGAUGAGGAGUGGGGAAUCAUACCAGUUAAUCCUUUUUUCAUCUCAAUGGGAUUUAUUUUUUCUUGGCCAGAUAGAAGCUUAUUGAUAGAGUUGAUAAAAGAAAAAAGACAGGUUCAGGCAAAGCCUGAAGAGAGAAUGAAAAGCAUUGAAUCUGACUUCUAGAAGAGAAUGAGGGACAGCCAAGGGGCAGCUGCUCAAUGUGCUUCAGUGGCUCCUCACAAUGUCAGGAGAAAGGAAGGAAGCCUUCCAAACCUCUGGGUGCCCCCAAUGUCUCCAUGGUGAACUUCCAGGAGGAGACAGAUGCAUUGCACAGGCAUCGAUGGGUUUCAAUCUGUACUGAUGGCAGUAAUACUCUCAUUGAUAAGAGAACCAAUCCACACUCUUGUUUUCCAGUAGAGCCUGAUUGCCCAGUUAAUAAAUCAAAAAGCACCUACUAUGGGGCCAGACACUCUAUCAGGCCUUAGUUCUACAAAGAAAAAAAAAGCAGUUUCUGACCUUGAGGAGUUUACACUCUAAUGAAGGAGACGGUAUGUAUAUAUACAGAACAGAAUGACACAGUGGUGGUUAGUUGGGUGCUGUGAUGUUGAGGUUUCUCUUAUGUAAAUCUCAAAGUCUAGUUUAGGGGCUCAUGAUGGCCUUUGGCCACAAGGAGAAUUCCCUCCAAAUCAAUGGGAUUAAAGAUAAUCUUCUUCUUCCCAUGAUAGACUGAACUUUACAAUUAAAAGGACAAAAUGGCUGUUUCCAUAUGGUAUCAAAAUAAUAAACCUUCCCUCUGAAAAGAGUUACACAAGAUUCUUUAUUUACUGAUUGACUAGUGGGAAGGAUGUGUGAAGGUGGUCUACAAGACUAUUUGCUCUAUUCAAUUUGUUCUAUUCACAUGCAGAAAAAUAUGAGACUCUGUUAUGUAGACAGAAGGCAUAUACUUAUUACUAUUUGACUCAAUUCAUCAAGCACUUAGUAAGCACCUGUUAUGUGUCAGGUGCUGGGACACACCAAUGGGAGCUACAGAGAUGAAAAGAAACAAGUCCCUGCCCUCUAUGAGCUUUCUAUCUAUUUAUAUUCAUAAUUAAGUUUAAUUUGGGUGAUUCCAUUGCUAUGUUUAAAUAGCUCUAUCUGCUUUUGGGGCAAUCCAUGUGUUCCUAGUAGAGGCCAUGGUCAUUGUAUAUCUUUGGAAGUUGUCUGUCUCUGUGAGUUCCUAGAAGUGAGCCCAACCUAGUGUGUGUCAACCUUUGGUCUCAUGAAGUGCAAUGGUGGCCUUGUUCCUUUCCAUAUCCUUGCACAGAGAGCCUUUCAAACCAACCAGCAUCAACUCUCCUGGGCUCUUAUUUUUAAAAGCAAGCAUCUGUUAUUUGUGAAACAAUAUUUGAGAAAACUGUAGGAAAUAUAGCCAUUUGCCCCCUAGAUUAUCAAUCACCCUACCAGGAGUAAGAAAGGUGAUGAUGCUUUUCAGCUAUUUUAGUCAUGCAGUGUUUCCGUUUGGGAAAAUGAAUGUGAAAGGAUAUCUAGCCUGCUGCUUGGACUAGGAAUCUCCCAAGGACAUCAAUGAGAAAAUAUGAAAAAAGUUAGUAUGACCUUUGUAUGUAUGUAUGUCUUUUACAUGUACUUUAGUGGGACUCUGCUAAAGAUGGAUUUUUAAAAAUCCUACUUCAU